AUGAGUGCGCAAACACCCAAAACAAUAUCUUCUCGGCUUCUGUCGAUGAAGUUCAUGCAACGAGGAGCUUCAUCGGCAUCUAGCUCCCCUUCAACCCCUCAAGCAAGCGAGGACCAGUCAGCAAAGAGACGCAAGACCUCGCAUUCGGCAACAAAGAGCCAGCCUGUGACACCGGUCAUUGAUCAAAAGGCACUGCAAGCUGCGCGGGAGGAGGAAGAAAAGGCUAAGCAGGCAGCCGUUGAGAGGCGGGCGGCAGAAUUGGGAGACUCGCACUGGGUUCUGCAAGUUCCGACCCCGACCACAAAGUCAGGCAAAGCCAUCCAAGCGCCGCUGAAUAUCGUGCAAGUCGGGUUCUCCCAGAUUGAUUCUAAAGGGGCGGAAGACGAGAGCCCUCUGGAUGCAUCGGAGACUAGAGCUGCCGCCGAAACCAAGUUCCGUCGGUUCAAUAUGAAGAAGAGGUCACGCAAGCAGGCGCUUGAUGAAUCUGUCGACUCUUCGAGCGGCAUGUCCGCCUCGGAUAACGAAGAUGAGGACGAGGACGAAAAUGCGUCCGGUCUAUCGUCUCCGGCAACGAGAGAUGGAGAGAUACGUGGACGAAAAUUUACUGCCUCGGCGGAAGACCGCGGUCGAGCGAGGUCUGCCACUUCCAGAAGACGAAACGUUGAGAAAAGCAAAGCACAAGAGUUCGCGAACAAGCGGCGAAAGAAGGAGGUCAAACUGAACCAAUUGACGUCGAUCUCGUCAGCAACCCCCCAAAAACCAGACUCUUGGAAGGCCAACAUUACAUGCCACCGCUGCCACAAGACGGGACAUCUUGCAGCUGAGUGUGACUCUGCGCGUGGUCGUUGA